AGAAGUUUCUUUGUUGUGUGUAUCUUUUCAGAACACAACAGGAACUGAAAAUGAAUCAGAAUGCUACUGAGCCUGCAGUAGCCACUGAGACCCUGGCUGAGGUACCUGAGCAUGUGCUGCGAGGACUUCCAGAGGAAGUAAGGCUUUUGCCCUCUGCUGUGGACAAAGCCCGGAUUGGUGUCUGGGCCACUAAACCAAUUUUAAAAGGGAAAAAGUUUGGGCCAUUCGUUGGUGAAAAGAAGAAGAGAUCUCAGGUGAAGAACAAUGUGUACAUGUGGGAGGUAUAUUACCCCAACCUGGGGUGGAUGUGCAUCGAUGCCACGGAUCCAGAGAAGGGGAACUGGCUGCGCUAUGUGAACUGGGCUUGCUCGGGACAAGAGCAGAAUUUGUUUCCACUGGAGAUCAACAGAGCAAUCUACUAUAAAACUUUGAAGCCAAUCGCGCCGGGCGAGGAGCUCCUGGUCUGGUACAAUGGGGAAGACAACCCCGAGAUAGCAGCUGCGAUUGAGGAAGAGCGAGCCAGCGCCCGGAGCAAGCGGAGCUCCCCGAAGAGCCGGAAAGGGAAGAAAAAAUCCCAGGAAAAUAAAAACAAAGGAAAUAAAGCCCACGACAUACAGCUGAAAGCCAGUGAUCCAGAUUCCAGCUGUGCAAAUAUGAGAGACUCUGAGGAAGGUCCUGAAGAAGAGGAAGAGAGGCCUUUGGCUUCGGUGCCUGAAAAGCCAGCUCUUAUCCCAGAGGUGGGCAGUCAGGACCUGCCUCCAGAGCUGGCUGGCCCUCUCCCUGCCUGUGAGCCACAACCAGAGCCAGGUGGGAAACAAGCCACAGAUUGUGAGAUCAAUGAUGUGGAGGAAGUGGAAGAGGAGGAGGAGGAAGAGGAGGAGGAAGAUGAUGGUGAGGAUGAUGAGCUGGAAGAAGAUGGGGAAGAAGAAGCCGACAUGCCAAAUGAAAGCUCUGAGAAAGAACCAGAAAUACGGUGUGAUGAGAAGCUAGAGGAUUUGUUAGAAGAACCAAAAAUCAUUUCAAAAGAACCUCCUGAAGACUCUGAGGAAGUGCCACCCCUUACCAAAGUCCCCAGAACGGAGGAGGCAGCCAAUGGAGAUGUGCUUGACACUUUCAUGUUUCCUUGUCAGCAUUGUGAAAGGAAGUUUACAACCAAGCAGGGACUCGAGCGUCACAUGCACAUCCACAUGUCUACAGUCAAUCAUGCUUUCAAGUGCAAAUACUGUGGGAAGGCAUUUGGCACUCAGAUUAACAGGAGGCGGCACGAGCGGCGCCAUGAAGCAGGGUUAAAACGAAAACCUAGCCUGAUACUACAGCCUCCAGAAGAGCUGGCUGAUGGCAAAGUUUCUGGAGAAAAAGCUCUUCCUAAAGAUGAGUCAAAUCCUCCACUUGGGCAAGACUGUUUGAUCUUGAACUCAGAGAAUGCCUCCCAGGAAACAGUAAAUUCGUCCAUUGUAGAGGAGAAUGGGGAAGUGAAAGAACUUCAUCCAUGCAAAUACUGUAAGAAGGUUUUUGGAACUCAUACAAAUAUGAGACGGCAUCAACGCAGAGUUCAUGAACGCCACCUGAUUCCCAAAGGUGUCCGGCGGAAAGGAGGCUUUGUAGAAGAGCCACAGCCCCCAGCAGAACAGGCCCAGCCUACCCAGAAUGUCUACGUUCCAAGCACCGAGCCAGAGGAGGAAGGAGAGGCCGAUGAUGUAUACAUCAUGGAUAUUUCUAGCAAUAUCUCUGAAAACUUAAAUUACUACAUUGAUGGUAAGAUUCAGACCAACAGCAGCACUAGUAACUGUGAUGUGAUCGAGAUGGAGUCUAAUUCAGCAGACUUGUAUGACAUAAAUUGUCUUCUCACUCCAGUUACGGUAGAGAUUACUCAAAAUAUAAAGACUGCCCCGGUUCCAGUAAGCGAUGAUCUUCCGAAGGAGCCUCCCAGCAGCACAAACUGUGAGUCCAAGAAACGGAGGACUGCCAGUCCACCAGUGCUCCCCAAGAUUAAAACGGAAAUGGAUUCUGAGCCUGGGGCCCCACCAUGCUCCUUAACUCUGCCUCUUAGUGUAGCAACGACUGAGGCAGUGUCUUUCCAUAAAGAAAAAAGUGUGUAUUUGUCAUCAAAGCUCAAGCAGCUUCUCCAAACCCAGGACAAGCUGACUCCUCCUGCAGGGGUUUCAGCCACUGAGAUCCCUAAGUUAGGUCCUGUGUGUGUGUCUACGCCAGCAUCCAUGUUACCGGGGACCUCCAGUAGAUUUAAGAGGCGGACCAGCUCCCCACCCAGCUCUCCGCAGCACAGCCCUGCCCUUCGGGACUUUGGUAAGCCAAGCGAUGGGAAGAUGGUAUGGACAGACACAGUUCUAUCUUCCAAGAAGCCCAGGUUAGAAAGCCGUGGUGACUCGCCUGCCUGGAGUUUGUCUGGAAGAGAUGAGAGAGAAGCUGGGAGCCCUCCUUGCUUUGAAGAAUACAAAGUAUCAAAAGAGUGGGCAGCCUCUUCCACUUUCAGCAAUGUGUGCAACCAGCAGCCCCUGGAUUUGUCCAGUGGUGUCAAGCAGAAGAUGGAAGGCGCAGGCAAGACCCCAGUCCAGUGGGAGGCUGUCUUAGAUCUCAGUGUGCAUAAAAAGCCUUGCCUUGACCUGGAGGGCAAGGAACUCAAAGAAAACCAUUUGGCACCGCCAGCCUGUAGUUCUGGAAAGAAAAAGAAACCAACCACAUGCAUGCUGCAGAAGGUCCUGCUUAAUGAGUACAAUGGCAUCGAUGUGCCCGGGGAAGCUGCUCCUGACAUGGCCAGGAGCCCGAGUCCUUGUAAAUCCCUAGAUGCCCAGCCAGACCCUGACCUGGGUCCUGACUCCAGCUUCUCUGCCCCUGCUGUUGAGUCCCCACCUGAAGCUUGUCCCUCAUCACCCACCCUGCAGACCACUUCCCUGUCUUCUUCUCAGCUGCCUCCUCUCUUGGUCCCCACGGACCCCACUUCCCCUCCACCCUGCCCUCCUGUGUUAACUGUUGCCACUCCGCCCCCUCCUCUGCUGCCUACUGUCCCUCUUCCUACCCCCUCUUGUGAUGCUUCUCCUCGCCCAUGUCCCUCUCCACUCUCAAAUGCCACUGCCCAGUCUCCCCUUCCAAUUCUGUCCCCAACAGUGUCUCCUUCCCCCUCUCCCAUCCCUCCUGUGGAGCCACUUGUGUCUGCUGCUUCACCUGGACCUCCUAAGCUUUCUUCCUCCUCUACCUCCUCUGCCUCCUCAUCCUCCUCCUCCUCAUUCUCGUCUUCCCCUGCCUCCUCCUCCCCUUCACCACCCCCUCUGUCAGCAGUGUCAUCAGUAGUUUCCUCUGGGGACAAUCUGGAGGCUGUUCUCCCUUCAAUAACUUUGAAACAGGAGGAGUUAGAGACUGAAGGUGUGAAGCCCAGGGAAGAGCCCCAGCCUGCAGUUGAACAGGAUGUUAUUCAGGAAACAUUCAGCAAAAACUUCAUUUGCAAUGUCUGUGAAUCACCUUUUCUUUCCAUUAAAGAUCUAACCAAGCAUUUAUCUAUUCAUGCUGAAGAAUGGCCCUUCAAAUGUGAAUUUUGUGUCCAGCUUUUUAAGGAUAAAACUGAUUUAUCAGAGCAUCGCUUUAUGCUUCAUGGAGUUGGGAAUAUCUUUGUGUGUUCUGUAUGUAAAAAGGAAUUUGCUUUUUUGUGCAAUUUACAGCAACACCAGCGAGAUCUCCACCCAGACCAAGUGUGUACACACCAUGAGUUUGAAAGCGGGACCUUAAGGCCCCAGAACUUUACAGACCCCAGCAAGGCCCACAUGGAGCAUAUGCAGGGCUUGCCAGAAGAUGCUCUGGAACCUUCAAAAGAAGAAGAGGAAUUAAAUGAUUCCUCUGAGGAGCUUUACACCACCAUAAAAAUAAUGGCUUCUGGAAUAAAGACAAAAGAUCCAGAUGUUCGAUUGGGUCUCAAUCAGCAUUACCCAAGCUUUAAGCCACCCCCAUUUCAGUACCAUCACCGAAACCCCAUGGGUAUUGGGGUGACAGCUACAAACUUUACUACCCACAAUAUUCCGCAGACUUUCACCACGGCCAUCCGCUGCACAAAAUGCGGGAAAGGCGUUGACAACAUGCCUGAGUUGCACAAACACAUCCUGGCAUGUGCCUCUGCCAGUGACAAGAAGAGGUACACUCCCAAGAAAAACCCGGUACCUUUGAAACAAACCGUGCAGCCCAAAAAUGGAGUGGUAGUUUCAGAUGGCCCUGGGAAAAAUGCUUUCAGAAGAAUGGGGCAGCCCAAAAGACUGAACUUCAGUGUGGAGCUCAGCAAAAUGUCACCAAACAAGCUGAAAUUAAAUGCCUUGAAGAAAAAAAACCAACUUGUCCAGAAAGCAAUCCUUCAAAAAAACAAAUCUGCCAAGCAGAAGGCUGACUUGAGAAAUGCUACUGAGUCGUCCUCACACAUCUGCCCUUACUGCAACAGGGAGUUCACGUACAUUGGCAGCCUGAACAAGCAUGCCGCUUUCAGCUGCCCCAAAAAGCCCCUUUCUCCUUCCAAAAGAAAAGUUUCUCACUCCUCCAAGAAAAGUGGCCACCCGUCUCCUGCAAGCGGGGAGAAGAAUCACAGCAGCAGCCACCGCCGGCGGACCGCAGAUGCUGAGAUCAAGAUGCAGAGCACGCAGGCACCUCUGGGCAAGACCAGAGCUCGCAGCUCAGGUCCUGGACAAGUCUCGUUGCCCUCCUCGUCCUUCAGGUCCAAGCAGAACGUCAAGUUUGCAGCUUCGGUCAAGGCCAAAAAAACAAACUCCUCUUUAAGAAACUCCAGCCCCGUAAGAAUGGCCAAAAUGACCCACAUGGAGGGCAGGAAAUCCAAAGCUGUGGCCAAGAACCAUUCUGCUCAGCUCUCAAACAAACCGUCCCGGACCCUGCAUGUGAGGGUACAGAAAAGCAAAGCUGUUUUGCAGAAUAAGUCUGCUCUGACAAGUAAGAAGAGAACAGACCGGUUCAAUGUAAAAUCUAGAGAACGGAGUGGGGGCCCGAUUACUCGAAGCCUUCAGCUGGCAGCUGCUGCGGAUCUGAGUGAGAACAGGAGUGAGGACAGCAGUGCCAGGCACGAGCUGAAGGACUUCAGGAACUUCCUGUAGAAAAGCCCCCCAAACAAAACAGCCCUUAAUUGACUAAAAGAUAUUGCAUGCUCAACUUAGGAUAAGCACUACGGCAAAGGAUAUGAAAUCUACCAACCUUGCAAGACCAUUUGAAGCUGACUCAAAAGCUGUAACAUACAGCUGCUUGCCGGCAGGCUCCUUGUUGCCCUGGUUAGAGUCAGGCAUCUGCUUCUUCACUGGUGCCCACAUGCAAGCUGGGCUCCCAGGGAACUGAGAUCCAAAGAGAAGGGCACUGUGAGACGGGCUAGCCACACAGGCUCCUCGUCGGGACUAGGACUCAGGUCUCAGUGUGGCCCCGGGUGUGUUUGGCACAUAGAGAAGGGAAUGCUUGAAUUGAACCUUGCAAAGCAAGUUCUCUAUCAGCAGUUGAUUGUAGAUUUCAGGGAUAACAGAUAUGAUGCACUCAGUUUAAAACGUUCUUUCACACACCAGCUCUUGAUGGCCUUUCUGUUAACGUGAAUUACAGAGAGAAAGAGAGAGAGAGAGAGAGGCACUGGGCUGAUCUCUUCCCAUCCUUCCCUCACCCCUUUUUAAAAAUCAUAAGCAGAUUGCCAGCAUAAUGGAGAGGAAACCACAUUGGAUAUGGACUCUUAUGCCUCUUUAUGCCUAAUGUCUUGUAUAUAUCCAAAUGGACAUUAUCCUCUCAGAUUGUUAUCUGGCACUAAUUUAUAGCUAUUGUAUUAUGAGAGAUGAUGUAGCGGUAUGUCAAUACACAGAGUGCUCUGCAGGCCUGGAUAGUCCACGCGUAAGUAUAAAUCAGUGCACAUCCCAGGCUCACGCAAGUCUCUAGCAGAGAUUAAAAGCAACAAAUUGGCCUCUUAUGUGUAGCAGUAUCAUUCUCUAUGCGUUUUUAUGCUUCUCCCCCACUCCCCCAAAAAUUAAUGACAGAGUUGGUGGAAAAUGCCUGCAUUUUAUUCAUACUGUUUUUGUUAUCAACUUCAAAAGUAAUCUACCUCUUAAAGAUUGUAGUUGAAUGCUUAUUUGGUGAACUUGUGCCACUUUAACUCUUUCACUGUCAUUCCCAUUUUGUUACAUUUCUGUUAUGGGGACUUCAUGUUGAAAUAUUGUAUCAAAUGCAUUUGUAGCGGUUUAAAAAUAAACUAUUUAAAAUUA